CUUUCUCACACGCGUGAUUGACUCAACACGUACUACAAAAACCAAUUCAACUAAAGAAAAGUAAAGUAAAAUGCUCAACACCUCAAAAUAACAAUGCCGGGCAGCAGUUCAGUGUUUCUACCAUCCAGGGGACUGGGUUACGUGAGUAAUCACGUUCCUCUGCAAGUGCGUUACAUCAAAAGCAGAAAAGAGAAUCUGAUAGUCACAUGUGUAGGGAAAUCCUUUCACACGUACGGCAUCUCCCACUUCGGUUUGCUCAGCGUAAGCCCAUUGCAUCCAGACGAUAUCAAUUGCAUGACUUCGGACGCUUACCACAUUUACACUGCAGUGGGGAAAGUUAUAUACGCGUGGAGAAGAGGUACCGAAUUAAAGCACACGUACAAAGGCCACCAGCACAACGUGCGUUUAAUGAUACCGUUCGGCGCUCAUUUGGUCUCCGUAGACGAAUCGAACAACGUGAAAAUAUGGGAUAUCAAAGCGGAGACGGUGUACACGGAGUUAUUGUUCAAUUCGGAGAAUUUCAACGUAAGCGCCAUAUUGCACCCCAGCACGUACAUCAACAAAAUCCUGCUGGCCAGCGACACGGGCGGGAUGCAACUGUGGAACAUCAACAACGCCAAGUUGAUUUACACCUUCAAAAAAUUCAAUGCCGGAGUUAGUUGUCUGGAACAGGCGCCGGCUAUCGAUGUGGCCGCAAUCGGUCUGAGCACCGGUCGAAUAAUCCUGCACAAUCUGAAAUACGACGAGACCAUAAUGGAGUUUACGCAAGAUUGGGGCUUGGUGACUUCGAUAUCUUUUCGAACCGAUGGCAAUCCGAUUAUGGCGACCGGUAGCGCUUGCGGGCACAUCGUAUUUUGGGAUCUGGAGGAACGAAGGGUAUCCAGCCAAUUACAGUACGCUCACGAUGGGCCUGUUACCGGUAUGGUUUGCCUCCCGAACGAACCGUUAGUCAUUACAUCCUCGCCCGAUAACACACUAAAAUUAUGGAUAUUCGAUAUGACCGAUGGGGGCGCGAGGCUCCUGAGAAUACGAGAGGGUCAUUCAGCCACACCGUCCUACGUUCGUUUCCACGGCUCGAACGGGCACAACAUUUUGAGCAGCGCCGGCGAUUCUACGUUGAGGAUAUUCAACACUCAAACCGAACAAUUCAACAAGAGCCUGGGCAAGGCUUCGUAUAACAGGAAAAUCAGCAAAAAAAGAGGCAGAGCCGUGGAGGAUCCGCUCAAGAUGCCUCCGAUAGUGCAAUUUACGUCGGAGGUAACGAGAGAAAAGGAGUGGGAUAAUAUUGCGGCGGUGCACAGUGAUAUUGCUUUGGUGACGACCUGGUCGUACGAUAAAAUCAAAAUGGGCGAUUUGAAAUUGUUGCCGGAAAGGUUCCACAAAAAGAAUAAAGAUGUUAAUUUAGAUGUUGUUGCUACUUGUUUAAGUCUAACUCAUUGCGGUAAUUUCGUUUUAGUCGGUUAUAGUACAGGACAUGUAGAUAGAUUUAAUAUGCAGUCCGGGCACUGGAGAGAUACUUAUGGUAACCCAUCAGCGCAUAAAAAUCAAAUCCGAGGGACAUCGAGCGAUACUUUGAAUCAAGUAGCAAUCACGGGAGGCGGCAGUAAAAUCAAAUUUUGGAGAUUCAAAUGCAAAGGAACAUCGCCGAUCGCUGUGAUUCCUCUCGAAGAAUCCAUAAGUUUCUUCAGAUCGCAUCGAGAGAGUUCGAUGUUGGCCAUAGCCUUAGACGAUUUUUCCGUCGACAUUAUGGAUAUUGAUAUGAAGCGAAUAGUAAGGAAAUUCUCUGGACACACGGCUCAACUUACGGACGCCACUUUCAGUCCGGAUUCUCGCUGGCUAGUGACGUCUUCCAUGGAUUGCUCGAUAAGAACUUGGGAUAUUCCUUCUGGACAGUUAAUCGAUGAAUUCGCAACAGACGCCGCUUGCGUAUCGUUGGAUUUUUCUCCCACCGGUGAAUCAUUAGCAACGGCUCACGUGGAUUAUUUGGGCAUUUUUCUAUGGAGCAAUAAAACGUUGUACGUUAAGAUAACGUUGAAACCUCUAACGCCUAGUGAAAACCCACCGUUAAUGGUACUGCCCGAAUGUAGACAAGAAACCGUCGAAGAAGAAGAAGAUGAAGAAAUCAAAACUGAAGAUGAAGAAUUCAUUUCACCUGCUCAAAUCAGCCGAGAUUUAAUCACUCUCUCGGGUCUUGCGACGUCGAGAUGGCAAAAUCUACUCGAUCUCGACGCGAUUAAGCGGAGGAACAAACCCAAGGAGCCCCCGAGAGCGCCCAAAGCGGCGCCUUUCUUCCUUCCUACCGUAUCGUCUCUAAACAACAUACAAUUCGAUAUACAACCGGAAUCAGAGGACCAGAGUAAACUCAUCGCUCCCGUUACUUUCGUCAAUUUAACGGAAUUCGGUAAACUGUUGCAACGCCGCAAUUACGAAGUGGCUAUGGAGAAAUUGAAGACUUUGGGCCCUUCCAUGAUCGAUUUCGAAAUUAAAUCUUUGUCGCCGGAUAACGGAGGAUCCGUCGAAGUUAUGUUGGAGUUUAUGAAGUGCUUGGAAUUCGUUUUGAAAUCUAACGGGGAUUUCGAGUUGGCCGAAGCGUAUUUGAGCGUGUUUUUGAAAUGCCACGGGAUUGUUUUGGCUCAAAACGAGUCGCUCAGGCAGUAUUUACCGCACGUCAUGAGCUGCCACAAUGUUGCCUGGGAGAGGCUGCAAGAGAAGAUUCUGUAUUGUACUUGCGUUGUUCAAAAUUUAAAAACUAUGUAAUAUAUGAUAUAUUUC